AUGACAACCAGCGGCACGUAUUCGUUGUCGUCGACAAUCAAACUCGCCAAUGGAAAGCUCAUGCCAAGAGUCCAAUUGGGGGUGUAUUUGACGUCGGGAAGAGAGACGGAGGCUGCAGUCAAAAAUGCUUUAGAGGCCGGCUAUCGAGGAUUCGAUAGCGCUCAAAUGUACCACAAUGAAAAAGAAGUCGGUCGAUCCAUUCUACGCUUUCUAGAAUCCGAAAAAGGCAAACCCGAUGGUCUGACACGAGAAGACAUAUUCUUCACAUCGAAAUUGGCUUCCAAUGUGAGCUACGAUGCUACGCGGCAAUCCAUCAAGAAAUCCAUCCAGGCUUCUGGAUUGGGCUACAUUGAUCUCUUCCUGAUCCAUUCUCCGUACGGCGGCAAAGCGAAACGGCUGGAAUGCUGGCGCGCGCUGGAGGAUGCUUAUAAAGACGAGGAGAUUCGCGCAGUGGGGGUGAGCAACUACGGCAUCAAGCAUCUGCAAGAAUUGCUGGCGACAAAUCCAAAAGUCUUUCCUGCGGUCAAUCAGAUUGAAGUCCAUCCGUUCAAUACGCGAACUGAGAUAGCCGAGUUCUGUCAAGAGAACGGUAUUGUGGUCGAGGCAUAUGCACCGCUCGCUCGUGCCUAUCGCUUUCGUCACCCGACUAUUGUUUCACUUGCGAAAAAAUACGGCUGCACUCCGGCGCAGUUGAUGGUGCGAUGGAGUCUGCAGCAUGGCUAUGUGCCCUUGCCGAAGAGCGUCAAGAAGGAUCGCAUUGUUGCUAAUGCGCAAGUGGAGGGGUUCGAAAUCGACUCGGCCGAUAUGGACACUAUGGAUGGAUUGGAUGAAUAUUUGGUCACAGACUGGGAUCCAGUGGAUGCGCCAUGA